GUUGUGGAGAGCGCUGAACCGCGGACGAGCCCGUCGGCCCUGCCCGCGAGCGGACCCGCGCGAGCGUCGGAGCCGGCGUUGCUAGCGCCCCACAGGCAUUUAAAUCAAGCAGUGUUGCAAUGGAUUGGGCUAUGAAACAUAAUGGUCCAAAUGACGCUAGCGAUGGGACCGUGCGACUUCGUGGACUGCCAUUUGGUUGCAGCAAAGAGGAAAUAGUUCAGUUCUUUCAAGGGUUGGAAAUCGUGCCAAAUGGGAUAACAUUGACGAUGGACUACCAGGGGAGAAGCACAGGGGAGGCCUUCGUGCAGUUUGCUUCAAAGGAGAUAGCAGAAAAUGCUCUGGGGAAACACAAGGAAAGAAUAGGGCACAGGUAUAUUGAGAUCUUCAGGAGCAGCAGGAGUGAGAUCAAAGGAUUUUAUGAUCCACCAAGAAGAUUGCUGGGACAGCGACCGGGACCAUAUGAUAGACCAAUAGGAGGAAGAGGGGGUUAUUAUGGAGCUGGGCGUGGAAGUAUGUAUGACAGAAUGCGACGAGGAGGUGAUGGAUAUGAUGGUGGCUAUGGAGGUUUUGAUGACUAUGGUGGCUAUAAUAAUUAUGGCUAUGGAAAUGAUGGCUUUGAUGACAGGAUGAGAGAUGGCCGAGGCAUGGGAGGACAUGGCUAUGGUGGAGCUGGUGAUGCAAGCUCAGGUUUCCAUGGUGGUCAUUUUGUGCACAUGAGAGGACUGCCUUUUCGUGCGACUGAAAAUGACAUUGCUAAUUUCUUCUCACCACUUAAUCCAAUACGCGUUCAUAUUGAUAUUGGAGCCGAUGGCAGAGCAACAGGCGAGGCAGAUGUGGAGUUUGUGACACAUGAAGAUGCAGUGGCUGCCAUGUCUAAAGAUAAAAACAACAUGCAACAUCGAUACAUUGAACUCUUCUUGAAUUCCACCCCUGGAGGUGGCUCUGGAAUGGGAGGUUCUGGAAUGGGAGGCUAUGGCAGAGAUGGAAUGGAUAAUCAAGGUGGAUACGGAUCUGUUGGGAGAAUGGGAAUGGGGAACAGCUACAGUGGAGGCUAUGGCGCUCCUGAUGGCUUGGGAGGCUAUGGUAAGUCAUUGUUUCUGUAUCAUGGUAGUGGUAGUGUCCUUCAUUUAAAGACAUGGAUGUCUCCUGAUGGGCGGUUCUUACUGUCUUCUUAAGGUCGUGGUGGUGGAGGCAGUGGAGGUUACUAUGGGCAAGGUGGAAUGAGUGGAGGUGGAUGGCGUGGGAUGUACUGACACCACCCAACGGACACACCCUAACACCUGUCUACUAGACUUUCUUACAGAGUUCAAUUCUUUUGUAUUUCAAGAACUUUAUAAUGACUGAAGGAAUGUGUUUUCAAGAUAUUAUUUGGUAAAGCAACAAACUGUGAUGGGAAAAUGUGUUUUCUGUAGGUUUUAUUUGUUGCAUACUUUGACUUAAAUAAAUUUUUAUAUUCAAACCA